AUGAACGACAACGACGGCCAACCUCAAGCCGCUGCGCUUGCUGCUGUGGUUAGUGUUAAACUUCCGGACUUUUGGAAAACAGAUCCGGUCAUGUGGUUUGCGCAAGCCGAAUCACAAUUCACUUUAGCAAGAGUUACGUCCGAUGAAACGAAAUUUCAUCACAUUGUGGCUAAAGUUGACCAGUCGGUAAUUUGCCACAUCGCGGAUCUGGUCACAGCUCCUCCGGUGACAAAUAAGUACGAUACUGUGAAGAAACGUUUAAUCGACCGAUUCGCUUUGUCUCCAGAAAAUCGUUUGGAACGCCUACUCGGGUCGCAUGAUCUGGGAGACUUACGGCCGACGCAUCUGCUAUCAAAAAUGCAGGAGUUAUCUACCGGUCUAGGAGUAGACGACAGUUUACUGAAGAUGAUGUUUAUCCAACGAUUACAAUCAAGCAUUCGUUCCAUCAUCUCUUGCCACGAUGGAACGCUAGCCAAAUUGGCUGAAAUGGCUGAUAAAAUCGUUGACACGGUAGGUGGCCAAGCAUCUGUAGUCACCAACGUCAGUAAGAAAUCCGUCUGUUCAGUGGAGAACAAUCUUAAAUCGGAAAUCGACUUUCUCACCGCUGAGAUUCGAAAACUAAAAUCAUCUGGCCGCUCGCGAAUGUCGACAGCCAUGCUCGUUCAGUUCAAAAAACUAGCUUCAUCCCAACCGGUCUCGGCGGAGGUUGGGGGAGUCCACGAUGGCCGCCGUUUAGUUAUUUACGAUCGCACCACAAACUACCGGUUUCUUAUCGACACCGGAUCUGAUGUGUCCAUUCUACCGGCAACUAGACAAGAAAAGAAUGGAACGCUCGCUGCACAUUCUUUGCACGCUGCAAAUGGAACCAAAAUCACAACUUACGGAACCAAAUUCCUCAACACGGAUCUUGGACUCAGACGUCGAUUUUUGUGGAAUUUUAUCAUUGCGGAUGUAACAAUACCGAUCAUUGGAGCCGAUUUCAUUGCCCACUUCGGCAUUUUGGUGGAUCUGAAACAUCAGCGUUUCUUAGAUGGGCGAACCGGUUUAUGCUCUUCCGGAAAUAUGACAUCACCGGACUUGUACAACGUGACUACUGUCAACUCGGAUCAUCCGUAUCGGGAUCUUUUAUCCGAAUUCCGAGAAAUAACUCUACCGUCUACGAUGCAGUCAGAAAUCUAA